GGAUAACCUGCAGCUGCCUCAAUGGUUUGCUGACACGAGCGCGAAACUGCAUCCCGAAAUUUGGCAUCUUCAUCUCUUUCCAUGUCCCCGGGCAUGGCGCAUUGAGCGAUGGACGGCGCCAAGGCAACCCCGGGGCGGGCGGUCGGGGCGGUGGACUUGUAUGUCAGCGCUGCCGCCCUGCGGCUUGCCAUCCUCGCUCUGCUUCCCGGCCUCCCGGUUCUGUUAACGGGCCGUGUCGAGAUCUCGACUCCCGUGACCAGCUUCAAACGCUUGCAGGAAGGCCUCUUUCUAUACAACCAUAAUGUCUCCCCAUACGACGGUGGGGUUUACCAUCAGGCGCCCCUUUUCCUCCCGCUCUUCUCUCUGCUCCCCAGCUUUUUGACUUUCCCCAUCUUUACCUACCUGCUCUACAUCGCCGUCGACUUGCUGAGCGCCAAUGCGCUAUGGAGAAUCGCGGAGUCGGGCGAGGCAGGAUCUUCGGCUCGCUUUACCUCCGCGCGUCGAGAGAAGCGCUGGAGCGGCUUUGUCAUCGCUGCCCUCUUUCUGUUUAACCCCUUCACAGUAGCGACGUGCAUCGGGCGAUCCACAAGCGUCUUUACGACCUGUGCCAUCCUCCAUGCGAUCGCCAAGGCUGUGUCGGGCUCCCCGUUCGGUGCCAUGGUCGCCCUAUCCUUUGCCAGCUACCUCUCCAUGUACCCCCUGCUGCUCCUGCCGCCACUCAUUCUCCUCUGCUACGACCGGCAGCGCCCCGAGCGGGCUACAAAAUCCGGUCUCAAAUUCUCCGCCACAUGCGUCUCCGUCGUCGCCGGUGUCUUGGCGCUCCUCUUUCAGAUGUCCUACCUUAUUACGGGCUCGUGGGAGUUUCUUCCAUCCACGUACGGCGUACAGCUGACCCUCUCCGACCUGACGCCCAACGUCGGCUUGUGGUGGUACUUCUUCAUCGAGAUGUUUGACUCCUUCCGCUCCUUCUUCCUGGCCGUCUUCUGGCUGCACCUGUCGAGCUACGUCGGUGCUUUGACACUGCGCAUCCGUCGCCAGCCGCUAGUCGUGCUCACGCUGCUGCUCGGCAUCUUCGCCAUCUUCAAGCCGUACCCGAGCAUCAGCGACACCUCGCUCUUCUUGGCCAUGGUGCCGCUCUACCGGCAUGUCUUCCCGCUGAUGCGCUACACGUUUGUGAUUGCAGCGGUGAUCAUGUAUGCCACCUUCCUCGGGCCGGCGUUCUAUCAUCUGUGGAUCUAUGCCGGUAGCGGCAACGCCAACUUCUUCUAUGCCAUCACGCUGGUCUGGGGUCUCGGCCAGAGUCUGUUGGUAUGCGACUUGAUGUUCGCGGUGUUGAGAGACGAGUGGGAGGUGGAGCGGCCAGAGAUGGUGGGCAAAGAGAUCAGGCAGAUAUAGAGUUAAUGUCGAGAGGGCCCUGUGCCCAUGCUUGGACGUCGAGCAAUCCAUAGCGGCCUUGCUUGGAGCCUAGUGGACAUGAGGGCGGUUGUCAGUGGCAGGGAGUGAACUCUCGUGUCCUCUGAUGGUUCGGAUGCUCUCGAGCAAAUGAAAUCUUGCCGAUUGACCCGAGCUAAUCUGUUCACUGAGGGGCGAGACAAAGCAAUCGGGUUCAAGCUACCUAGAUACCCACAGCUGAAGUCAGACAUCCAUCCAUGUUAAGUCGAAUCUGAACACUUGAAGUGGUUUGACAGAUGUAUAUGGCGCGAGUGCGGAGGUCCUGAAUAAAGCAUUUACGCAGGCAGAUGCAAGAAGGUAUAUCUAUUCACAGCAUUGGUCCAACAAUGCCAUCUAUGAUCGUCCAAAAGCACUAAAUAGAUAAGUCCGUAG